UCAACCAUCACCCUUGGUCUAGGUAGGAAAUAUAUGAAGCUUACGUUUCUUGGACGGGCAGCAACAUCAAAGAAGACGAGGAAAGUGCAAAAGCCAUACCGCACCCAAUCCCAGCAAUGGCAGCAGAAGAACCCCAGCAACAUCCGAUCACUGAGGAGAAGAAGAUGAACGUCUCCCUAAGCAUCUGGCCUCCAACGCAGCGCACCCGUGACGCCGUGACCAACCGUCUGAUCGAGACCCUCUCAUCACCGUCCGUCCUCUCCAAGCGCUACGGCUCGAUGCCUCCCGAAGAAGCAUCAUCGGCCGCACGCGUCAUCGAAGAAGAGGCUUUCUCUGCCGCGGCGUCUCUCUCGAACAAUGCUGCCGCCGAGGACGACGGGAUCGAGAUCCUUCAGAUCUAUUCCAAGGAGAUCAGCAAGCGGAUGCUGGAAGCCGUUAAGGCCCGGGCGCCGUCUGCUUCCCCUGCGGAGAAUUUGCAGACGCAGCCUCCCGCAGUUGCGUCCAGUGAGGAGAUCUCGUCCGUUGGGUCGGAAUCAUCACAGACCUGAUAUUGGCUGUUGGUAUGUUAGUGUUUCUGUCGAAUUGUUCGGAUCUUGAAAUCAGCUUCUCUCUGUCUGUCUUUCUUGAAGUUUUAUGAAUUUGGUGCACAAUCUAUGAGAUUCAUGCUGAGUGAAUAGAUUAGGUUUUUUAUUUGUUACUA